UUACCAACUAUACGGAAAAUAAUUUUGCAAAGCUACUUUUUAAACAAUUGUUUAGUAUAAUGUCACCCACUCUCGAAAAUUUUAAUGUAGAUGAACUCGUAGCUCCAGAAUGGUUAAAUAACGAGUUUUUAAGAAAUGUACUACAGAAUUGUGAAAAUGUGGAAGUAGAAAUAAUCAAUUUUAAACUCACACCGGGUACUAUGAAGGGAGACCAUUAUGCCAGUGUCAUGUUCAGAGCUAACGUGGACUAUAAAUCACAUGAUUUGCAUAAAACAAAAUCUUUAAUUAUAAAAACUAUGCCUGAAUUAGAAGGACUAAAGAAAGAUAUGUUAACAGAAACACAUAUCUUUGAAACUGAAAUAGCUGUCUACACCAAAAUUUUGCCAAAGUUUGAGAGUAUAUUACGCUCCAUAGGAGACAACACGAAAAUUGGACCGAACUGUUUGUAUCACAGUUUAUAUCCCAAGAAGUGCAUAGUCUUUGAGGACCUUGUGCCACUUGGGUAUACAGUGCUUCGUGAUCGCGAUGUCAACAUGGACGAAAUGAAAGAAAUUAUGCGGAAGUUAGGAGUGUUCCAUGCAAUGAGUUACUCACAAAACAUUAAGGAACCAAAACUAUUUGAUGGUUUGCAAUAUGGCUUAAUGAAUGAACCAGCAAUAUGCGGAAAUGAAUUUAUGACAGAUGGUAUAAAAUUCUUUGUAGAAUUGCUAAAUGACAUACCAACACUCCGUGAAUAUAAACCAUAUUUUGAAGUACUUCAAAGAGAUGUUUUUGAAAAAUGUCGUCAAACAUUUGAUGAAUUUCGCAAAAAUCCGCAGAGUAGUGGAAUAUAUGUGCUCUGCCAUGGAGAUUUUCAUUUUAAAAAUUUAAUGUUCAGAAAUAAUCCUUUGAAUAAACAACUUGAAGAUGGACUUUUCUUAGAUUUUCAGCUUAGCUAUAUUGGACCCAUUGUAAAUGAUUUAUACUAUGCAUUUUAUAUGAUGAGCUCGAGGGAGCAACGCUUCCAGCAUUUCGAUGAAUUACUCUAUCUGUACCACAGUCAAUUCAGGACAAUACUAAACAAAAUUGGGUUUGAUGGGGUGGUGCCUAAAUUGAGCGAAAUCAGGGCAAUGUUUUUGAAACACAAACAUUUUGAAUUAAUGCUAUUGGUUACAUUUUUGCCAAUGCGGUACGAACUACUUAAGAAGGUUAUGGAUGUCGAUAAGGUUAUGAGUUCAGGAGAAUAUCGCAAGACAUUAUACUAUGAUCAGGGGUUUCUGGAUGAACUUCAUCAAUUGCUUCCAAAAUAUUUACACAGUGGCUAUUUUGAAGACUUAAUUUGAAAAUAUUAUAGUUUUUA